AUGGAUGCAAUUUCAGUUAUAGUAACCAUUGGAGGAUACUUUGUGGACCCAAUCAAAAAACAUUGUGGCUAUCUGAUUCACUACAAUAGCAACAUCAAGGAUCUUGAAAUUAAAAUUCAGAAGUUGCGUGACAAAAGAGAUGGGGUGCAAUUAGAAAUUGGCGCAGCAAAAAGGAACGGACAGGUAAUAGCACCUGAGGUUGAGACGUGGAUUGAAAAGGUACGCAACAUCCUUGAUGAAGAUGUUGAAGCGAAUAAGAUGAGCUUGGAUGGAUGGUGUCCACGUUAUUCCUUGAGUAGAAAAGCUAAGAAGAAGACUCUGGAAAUUGAUGGGCUUCUAAGUGAUGCAGCCCCAUUUGUUACUAAAGUGUCCUAUCCUCCUCCUCCGUUGGGAAUAGGAUCUUCAUCCAUAGAAGGUAUUAUGGAUUUUGAGUCAAGAACAAAAAUGAGGAAAGAAGUUUUAAAGGCACUAAGAGCUGACAAGAUCAAUAUGAUUGUCAUAUGCGGUAUGGGGGGGAUAGGAAAAACAACAAUGGCAAAAGAGGUAGCGAAAAGAGCAAAAGAUGAUAAGUUAUUUGCUGAAGUUGUGAUGGUGGUGGUGUCCCAGAAUCAAGACUUGAGAAAGAUUCAAGUUCAAAUUGCGGAGAUGCUAGGUCUGCGACUCGUUGAAGAGAAUCCACUUGUGAGAGCAGAACGAUUAAAUAAUAGACUAAUGGGUAGUAAGAGUGUUCUUGUAAUAAUAGAUGAUGUUUGGGAUGCACUUGAUUUAGAGGCUGUAGGAAUUCCUUUUGGUGGUCAAAAAAAUAGAUGCAAAAUCUUGUUGACAUCACGAAAUGAAGAAGCCUGCAAUCAGAUGAAAACUCAGAAGAUUUUUCCAAUCAAAGUCUUAUCUGAAGAAGAAGCAUGGAAUCUUUUCAAGGAGAAGGCAGGUAAUUGUAUCGAUACUCCCGGUCUACAUCCAAUAGCAAAAGAGGUUGCAAAGGAAUGUGGAGGUCUACCUGUUGCUAUUGUAACUGUUGGAAGAGCCCUAGAAAACAAAAGUGAAUUUGAGUGGAGUGCUGCACUUCAACAGCUUAAAAAUGCUAUCCCAAAAAAUAUUCCUGGUCUUGAUUCAAAGGUGUAUUCCAGCAUAGAGCUUAGUUAUAGUUACUUAAAAAGUGAAGCAAAGUCAUGCUUUUUGCUAUGCUGUUUAUUCGCAGAAGAUAGUAAUAUUCCCAUUGAAUUUUUAGUGAGGUAUGGGUUGGGACAAAGGUUGUUUGCAAAGAUUGAUACUAUUGCAGAUGCAAGAAAUAGAGUACAUGCAAUAGUUAAGAAUCUCAAAAGAUCAUUUCUACUGUUAGAUAGUGAGGAAGGAGAAGAACAUGUCAAAAUGCAUGAUGUUGUACGGGAUGGUGCAAUAUCAAUUGCAGAAAAUAAAGGUUUUCUGGUUCGAUGUAAUGAAGCAAUGGAAGAAUGGCCAGAAAAAGAAUCUUGCGAGCGUUCUACUGCAAUUUCGCUUGUAUCCAAAGAAUUGAAAUGGCAUCCCGAUGGCUUGGAGUGUCCUAAACUCGAGCUUUUGCAGCUAUCAUGUGACAAAGACACUUUGCAGAUGCUCCCACCCAAUCUAUUUACAGGGAUGAAUGGUUUAAAGUGCAAUGUCCUUCAAAACCUUCGGACCCUGCAAUUUGUUAGUUGUGAGAUAACAGAUGUGUCAGCAAUUGGAGAACUUAGGAAACUAGAAAUUCUUAGCUUUAUUGGAUCUAAAAUCAAGGAGCUGCCAGGAGAAGUGAGAAAUCUUAGUUAUCUAAAGUUGUUAGAAUUGACAGAAUGCAGUGAUCUUGAGCGAAUUCCACCUGAUCUCCUAUCGAGUUUAUCUCACCUAGAAGAGUUGUACAUGUUCGGAGUAGAUGUGAAGUGGAAACCUAUGGAAGAGGAAGAAGAGAAAAAGGGAGCAAAUGCAAGCCUUAAUGAACUCAUGUCUUUGUCCUAUUUGAUGGCUUUAAAAAUUCAAAUACCAAAUAUUAAGGUCUUGCCAAAAGACUUGCCCUUCAAAAAUUAA